UCCUCAAACUGCGGCCAAGAAAGAAACCGGGAAAUCAACUUGAGUACGCGGUGCAAAUGAGCAGCGGCGGCGGUGGCGGUGGUGGUGGCGAAACCGGCUAAUAAGUCAGUCGUUAUGCUAAGUGGUGCCUGUGGCAACAGAUGCUUCCUGGUUCUUGUUAGCUGUGGUUGAAAGGGCGUUGUGAGUGUUGGAUGUUCCUCCCCAUCCCCAGCCUCCAUAACAUCUCUUCUCUUUCUCUCUGAUCUCUCCCUGACUCCAGACUGCUGCAAACAGCCUCCCCCCAACCCACCCCUCCCUGCACCGACACACACAACACACACACACACACACACAUAAUAACACAGGCUGGAGCGCAGGGCAGGAGAUGGAGCUGGUCAGGGGGUUCGUGUUCGCUCAAGCCAACUGCAAGGAAGGCAGGGACGCCGAGAGAGAGAUGAGCUACGCCCAGCUGUUCGCCAAGCUGGACACCAACAAGGACGGGCAAGUGGAUGUGAAGGAACUGCGCCAGGGACUGCGGGCGAUGGGCGUCAACCUGGACACGUCUACUGAGCAGAAAAUGUUUAAAGCUGGGAACGCUGAUCAGGAAGCACAGCUGAAUUUCAAGGAGUUUUCCAACUACCUCAGAGACCAUGAGAAAAAACUAAAACUGACUUUCAAAAGUUUGGACAAAAAUAAUGAUGGAACUAUUGAUGCUUCUGAAAUUGUGGAAUCUCUUAAAGGACUGGGAAUGCACAUCGAUCCUCAACAGGCAAAAAAGAUCCUUCAGAGUAUAGAUGCAGAUGGGACACUGACAGUGGAUUGGAAUGAAUGGCGGGACCAUUUUAUGUUUAAUCCAGCUACGAGCAUUGAAGAAAUCAUUCAUUUCUGGAAACAUUCUACGGUUUUGGACAUAGGUGAUAGUCUAACAGUACCAGAUGAAUUCACGGAAGAGGAGAAAAAAACUGGCAUUUGGUGGAGACAACUAGUGGCUGGGGGGAUGGCUGGGGCUGUUUCCCGUACUGGUACAGCCCCCCUCGAUCGCCUUAAAGUCCUAAUGCAGGUGCAUGCUUCUAAGACAAACAAAAUGAAUAUGUAUGAUGGAUUCAAACAAAUGCUGAAAGAAGGCGGAAUUAUUUCCCUGUGGCGUGGAAAUGGCAUGAAUGUCUUUAAAAUAGCACCUGAAACAGCGCUGAAGUUCACAACAUAUGAACAGUAUAAAAAGCUGUUUGCAGGGGACAGGAAAACUGUAGCUCCACAUGAAAGAUUUAUGGCUGGUUCCUUGGCUGGUGCCACAGCACAAACCAUCAUUUAUCCCAUGGAGGUUCUGAAGACCAGACUCGCCUUGCGUAAGACUGGCCAAUAUGGGGGAAUAACCGAUUGUGCCAAGAAGAUUUUGAAGAAGGAAGGCCUGAUUGCCUUUUAUAAAGGCUACAUUCCAAAUAUUUUAGGCAUUAUUCCUUAUGCUGGUAUAGACCUUGCAAUUUAUGAGACGCUGAAAAACACCUGGUUGAAUAAUUAUGCCAAGGACUCUGCAGAUCCAGGAGUUCUGGUUUUACUAGGCUGUGGUACAGCAUCUAGUACCUGUGGUCAACUUGCCAGCUAUCCCUUAGCCCUGAUCAGGACACGCAUGCAAGCACAGGCGUCACUGGAAGGAGGGGGACAUCCGCAAAACAUGGUCGAACUAUUUAAAAGCAUCGUGGCUAAGGAGGGAGUGCUUGGACUCUACCGAGGUCUGGCUCCUAACUUCAUGAAAGUUAUUCCUGCUGUAUGCAUCAGCUAUGUCGUCUAUGAGAACAUGAAGUCUACCUUGGGAAUUGUAUCCAGAUAAAGUGGAUUAUGUCCAUGCAGCCAGAUACAGGGGAGGGGUUGAGGGGAAGAAUUUAGCAGCUUAUUAAAUUAAAAUGAAUUCUUCAAACUCUGAAUGGAGUUGGAAGCAGCAUAGUUGAUAUGAACUAGAGUACCUUUUUCUUAAAUAUUACUCAUGACAAUUCAUUGCUGUGAAAACACAGGAGUAAUACAUUUUAGCAUCAUUCCUUGAAGAUUGUGAAAAAGCUUUGUCUUUCGGACAAAGUCCUUCACCACAAAAGGAGCCGAUUUAUUCUUUGCUGUAAUUGUCUUCUUCAAAGAGUAGAAUCCUAAAUUUUUACUUCUGGCUUUCAAUUUAGCAGUUAUAUAAUUGAAACUGAUUGAAUUCAAAAACUUUUUAAACAAAAGUCUUCACGGCUUUUUACAGUCCUGAAUGCUGUAGCUGAAUGUUAUGAAGUAUAAUUAGGUGUUUACAAAAAUAUAGAAUUUUUUUUAACUGUUGUCUUUGGAAUGAUUUUUAAAUGACAUUUUAUUUCUGUUUUGGGGCUUUAUUGUGAUGCUACAUUUGUGAGGUGGGAGCAAGCCGUCAAAACCGUUUUUUUAAUCACAGGUUCAAGGAUUCCACAGUCAGAUAAGAACAUACUCAGGUGUUUAAUAUAAUGGAAAAAAGUAGUAAUAGCAGAAUCAACAUGCAGUUAAUUUCCUUGGAAAAGUUAACAAUAAAAUAAUAAUCCAUACAUUUCAUAUAGCACCUUUCAUGUCA